GUCAUUGAAUUGAAACUUGAAUUUUGAAAUCAAUUGUCAAACCAUUGCCGCCACGAGUUGAUCAUCACAUGACCACCGAUUCAUCGCUUCCGAUGGAAAGACAUCACCGAAAGCGCAAGAAGAGGCUCUUGAAUGGCAUCCGAGAACAGAUUGAGUUCUACUUCAGUGACGCCAACCUAAGACACGACCGCUUUAUGCGGCAACUGAUCGGCGCCGAAGACCCUGAGCUUCGCGGCAGACAAUGUGUGCCAUUGAAUGAGUUCUUGAAGUUCAACAAAAUCUCUGAAAUGACACAAAACACUCGCGACAUAAGUCUGGCGCUCGAGAGAUCCAAAUGUCUGUCUUUGAACCAAACGCAGCAAACGGUGCAACGCGUGGAUCCGUUCGCCACGCAAGACACCAAAGAGGUCGAUGAGCUCACCAUUUAUGUGGAGAGACUGCCGCCCACUGCCGAUCACCAGUGGAUCCGAUCGGUGUUCGAGCCCUUCGGUCGCAUCCAAUACAUAAAAGUCCCGCAUUUCAGACACAAUCACAUGAUUAUGGGCUUCGCUUUCGUCGAGUACGAGGACAGGCUGUCGGCGCAGAAGGCGUUAAAGCAUUUCAAUGCCGUCCCGUCGGACGACAUCCCCGACGAGACGCCUGACCACCAAAUAGACAGCGUCUCAGAGUCUGAACACAUCGCCCACGAAGACCAAUGCGAUGGCGAGUCUCAGCCGGAAGUGUCGCGCAAGAGAUCACGCGAUGAGGCGGACGACGAAGCGGUGGUUGAGUCCAAGAAAGCGAAAGUCUCGCCGACCGAUGGUUUGGAAAGCGUUACGCAAACUGUGGAUAAAAUUCGUGAAACAAAUUGUGAGACAAUUAGCGAUAAAACAAAGGAGAAGAAGAAAAAGAAGAGACGAAAGAAGCAGAAACCGAUUGCCGCGGAUCUGGUCGACGAUAACCCGCUCACAGAAGCCAUACAUCUGAGGGUUAUGUCGAAGAGGGAGUGGAAGCGCUGGAAGAAUAAGUACCUAAAACUCCAGAAGCAAUCCAUGGCUUCCCUGAAGAGAUCUCUUUUGGUGAAGACUGAGGACAACACAAAUCGCCCGCAAAUGGAGAGCGAGUCGACUCAGGAGGACAACCAGUCGAGCGACCGGUCCUACGAAUCGGGACUUAUUAUUAGAUUGAAUUUCACGGUCUCUUCGCUGGACUUCAAUGAGAGUGAAUUCAAGCGAAACAUCCGAUCGAUGGCCGAAAGCCGUCAGAUCUCGUACAUUGAUUUGCCGAAGAAUCACAUGAUAUUCAAAGACAGCCAAACACUGUGUGGUGUUUGCUAUGUGCGGACCAAUAGCGCCGAUGACUGCCAGCGAUUGAUUCAAUUGGAAAGACUGAAACAAAUGGGAGAUCUGUCUGUUCUGGAGGGCAAUGAAGAGUCCGAGUAUUGGAACCAAAUAUUCGACGAAAGGAUCAAAAGGAAGUCAAACCCUAAUCCCAACAAUAAAUCCAAACAUAAAACCCGAGGCUUUGAUCGGAUCAUAAACAGAGCCGAGAAUGUGAUGACUAGUGUUGAGCCGAAACUCAAUAAACACAUCAAAUUUGACACUUAA